GGCCAGCUGGGUUGUGAACUGGUUUUACUGAUCUCCCUCUUCCCACUCCAAUCCUCUCUGUCUCUCUCUCCAAUCUUUUCUUUUGUAGAUGAACAGUCAGAGACUAGUUCUUCAAACUUAUAACUCUUAAAUUGAUUGUGUAAUGAUGUAGAGAGAGACAAGGACAGAGAGAGUAGAGAGAGAGUGAAAGUGUGUGUGUUUUUGAUAACUUCUAUUCUGGGUUUUGGUUGGUUGGCUUGAUUGUUUUGUGGGUUGGUUUUCUUGGGUUUUGCUUACUUCUUUUAUUUAUUUUUUUUGGAUGGGUUUGGAGGGAGAAGAAGUAUUGAAAAAGGAGAAUGAUGGGGUACCCAAGAGAGAGAAAUGGUUGCUUACUCACUCAAUCUGUGUGCAUCACUCUACAAGUUGGGCUUGUUCUAGACAUGGGAGUGUUGCUUCCAUGUUAUCUUGCAAGUGAUAAACCUGCUUUCAACUCUCCUUGAGUUCUCUCUCUCUCUCUCUUUGUCUCUCUCUCUCUCUGUACAUUUAACUCAAACAAAUCAAAAUCUCAAAAUCAAAAUCAAAACAAACUAAAGGGUUCUCAGAUCUAAACAGAUCUGUUUUAACAGAGUACCAACUUUGCAACAGUAGUCAUGAAGAGACUGGGCAGCUCAGAUUCUUUGGGUGCUUUGAUGUCCAUCUGUCCAACAACAGAAGAGCACAGCCCAGGAAACAACCAUGUGUACGGAAGAGAGUUUCAGUCGAUGUUGGAAGGACUAGACGAAGAAGGGUGUGUAGAAGAGUCGGGUCAGAUCGCAGAGAAGAAGAGGCGAUUGAGCGUUGAUCAAGUGAAGGCAUUGGAGAAGAAUUUUGAAGUGGAGAACAAGCUUGAACCAGAGAGGAAAGUGAAGCUCGCUCAGGAGCUUGGGUUGCAACCCAGACAAGUGGCUGUUUGGUUCCAGAACCGCCGUGCACGGUGGAAAACAAAGCAGUUGGAGAGAGACUAUGGGGUUCUCAAAGCCAAUUAUGAAUCUCUCAAGCACAGUUAUGACUCUCUUCAAGAUGACAAUGAAGCUCUACUCAAGCAGAUACGAGAACUGAAAUCAAAGUUAAAAGAAGAAGAAAACACUGAAAGCAAUGUCUCAGUGAAAGAAGAGCUAAUCCCAUCAGACUCCGAUGCCAACAAACUCCUCCAACACACCACUACUAAACCACCACCACCACCAUCGGUUGCAGGAUCUGACCAUCCCACCACAACCAACGACCUCAACUACGAGACCUUCAACACCAAUGGCGGCGGAGUAUCGGCGGCAGCGACGGCGGCUGUCUUCCCCGACCUGAAAGACGGGUCGUCCGACAGCGAUUCCAGCGCCAUACUCAACGAAGACAACAACAAUAGCCCCAACGCUGCCGCAAUCUCCUCCGGACACGGUGGUCCUCUCCUGCACAGCCACCAUCACCACCACCACCACCAGUUCAUGGUGUCUCCGAGCUCCUCCUCGUCGGCGGCGGCGGCGAUGCUGAAGUUCGGUAAUUCGGGUGUGAAUUGCUACCCAUUCUCGGACUCGAAAGCGAUUCUGUUGGAUGCACAGAAGGCGUAUCAGCCACAGUUUGUGAAGAUAGAGGAGCACAAUUUUUUCAGUGGGGAUGAGGCUUGUAACUUCUUUUCGGAUGAUCAAGCUCCGACCCUUCCAUGGUAUUGCUCCGAUCAGUGGAACUAGAAGAUUGUAGAACCCAGAUCAUAUACAACAAUGAAAAAUAAGGGAAUUCAGAGAGAGAAGAUGAGAAAGAAAGAAAA